AUGGCGCAGAAAGGAGUUCAGCUGGACCGGCAAACUUUCUCUUGUUCAAUCUGUCUGGAUCUACUGAAGGAUCCGGUGGCUACUACAUGUGGACACAGCUACUGUAUGAAGUGUAUUAAAACACACUGGGAUGAAGAGGAUAGAAAGGGAAUCUACAGCUGCCCUGAGUGCAGACAGACGUUCACACCGAGGCCUGUCCUGCUGAAAAACACCAUGUUAGCAGUUUUAGUGGAUGAGAUGAAGAAGACUGGACUCACAGCAGCUGCUGCUGCUGCUGAUCUCUGCUAUGCAGGACCAGAAGAUGUGGCCUGUGAUGUCUGCACUGGGAGAAAACGGAAAGCCCUCAAGUCCUGUCUCACCUGUCCAGCCUCUUACUGUGAGCAACACCUCCAGCCUCAUUAUGACGCAGCUCCGUUUGCAAAACACAAGCUGGUGGAGCCCUCAGAGAAGCUGCAGGAGAACGUCUGCUCUCAGCACGAUGAGGUGAUGAAGAUGUUCUGCCGUACUGAUCAGAAGUGUAUCUGUUAUCUCUGCUCUGUGGACGAACAUAAAGGCCACGACAUGGUCUCAGCUGCAGCAGAACGGACAGAGAAGCAGAAAGAGCUGGAGGUGAGUCGACAAAACAUCCAGCAGAGAAUCCAGGACAGAGAGAAAGAUGUGAAGCUGCUUCAACAGGAGGUGCAGAACAUCAUUCGCUCUGCUGAUAAAACAGUGGAGGAUGGCGAGAAGAUGUUCACUGAGCUGAUCCGUCUCUUGGAGGAAAGAAGCUCCGAGGUGAAGCAGCAGGUCAGAUCCCAGCAGGAAACUGAAGUGAGUCGAGUCAAAGAGCUUGAGGAGAAGCUGCAGCAGGAGAUCAGUGAGCUGAAGAGGAAAGACGCUGAGCUGAUGAAGCUCUCACACACAGAGGACCACAACCAGUUUCUGCACAGCUUCCCCUCACUGUCAGCACUCAGUGAGUCUACAUCCAGCAUGGAGAUCCGUCCUCUGCGCUACUUUGAGGACGUGACAGCGGCUGUGUCAGAAGUCAGAGACAAACUACAGGAUGUCCUGAGAGAGGAAUGGACAAACCUCUCACUGACAGUGACUGAUGUGGAUGUUUUACUGCCACAACCAGAGCCCACAACCAGAGCUGGAUUCUUAAAAUAUUCAUGUGAGAUCACACUGGAUCCAAACACAGCAUACACACGGCUGAUAUUAUCUGAGGGGAACAGAAAAGCAACAUACAAGAGGGAUCACCAGUCCUAUCCAAGUCACCCAGACAGAUUCACUGAUCGGUCUCAGGUCCUGAGUAGAGAGAGUCUGACUCGACGUUGUUACUGGGAGGUGGAGUGGAGAGAGGGUGCAGUUCUUGUAGCAGCUUCAUACAAGAACGUCAGCAGAGGGUCGAAUGAGUCUGUAUUUGGAUGCAAUGACAAAUCUUGGUCAUUAGAAUGUUACAACAACAAUUGUACAUUUUUGUACAACAACAUCCACACUCCCAUCUCAGGUCCUCUACCCUCCAGAGUUGGAGUGUACCUGGAUCACAGAGCAGGUAUUCUGUCCUUCUACAGCGUCUCUGACACCAUGACCCUCCUCCACAGAGUCCAGACCACGUUCACUCAGCCGCUCUAUGCUGGACUUCGGCUUUAUGACCGUUUCGGAGCCACUGCUGAGUUCUGUAAACUCAAAUAACCAAAAUAUUAAUUUAAUUUAAAGGAUGCAGGUUAAAAUGUGUUUUAACUCGUACAGCUCCCAUAUUGUUCUUCUUUGUUGUGUUUUAUAAGAAUAUACAUUUGUGGUUUUACGUUCUAAAACCAUCUCAGUUCAGUUGUACAUCUGCUCUCUCAGCCUCCUUCUGCAGCUCCAGCGAGCUCAGAUCAUUUUGGGCCUGUC